AUGACACCUCCUGCAGGCUUGCAAGCUCACCCCCCAUGCCCAGCCAAAGAGCAUCUAACAGCCUGGAAACCUACCAAUCACCAAACCCCACCCCUCCCAUUCACAAGUGCAGACACACAGUGCAUAUACAAGGUAAUCACACACACCUGGUCUGACACUACCAGAGAGACCUAUGGCUCUGGCCUCCUUGCCUUUCAUACCUUUGACCAACAUGCACCAGCAUCUCCAGACCUCAUCUCCUUCAUCAUCUCAACCAUGGCCAGCUUAUAUGCAAACUCCACCAUUGUCAACUACCUAAAUGGGCAUCUGGGGGUGUCAAUAGGGUUGGCAUUCCCCAUUGCAAUCAUCACCAAACUACAGACCAGCCUAAACCUCAACACCCCUCUUCAUGCUGCUGUCUUUGCAUGCCUUACCACCAUCUUCUUCGCCACAGUACACACAGGUGAAUUCACAGUCCCCAGCCUCAAAGCUUUCAACCUGACCAUACACAUCACUCCCCAGAAUGUAAGUAAAGAUGUCAACUGGGCCAAGCAAGAUGGUCCCACAGACCCCCAACUAGCCCUAGCAAAGCACUUUGCCAUCAACAACCCACCUGUGCAAGUGCACCUCUUUAUGUACUGCACCAAGAAUGGCCAUUCCCCCCUCACAAGGCACACCUUCCUAAAAACCCCUGACUCAGCCCUCAAGACAGCCAACCUCCCUCCCCUCAAGGGACAUGGCAUAUGUAUUGGAUCAACCCUAGAAUACCUUCUCAGAAAUGUCCCCUUCAACAUCAUCAAAGUGAAAGGUCAUUGGGCAAGCAAUGCUUUCCUCAUAUACCUCUGCUGCCAUGCACAAACUCUUGCCCCAUACAUGCAAUCUGAACCGAACCUCCACAAUGCCUUCAAUGAACCAGACCCUCAAGCAGUACCAUUGUGUCUACUGUAA